GUACACCGCACCUCUGGGACUCUAGCUUGGGUCCAUAAAAGCCUAAUCAGUUACCAUGUUGUACCAAUAUGAGGCACUGCUUAUGUUUUGACACCGAUGGAGGGUAAAUCCAUCGCUCUCGGCCUUCACUUCACUCAAAGCUGUUCUUCGGCUGUAGUUGAUGAAGCUACGGGCAACAGUGAAGCAGUACACUACUCUCCAGGGUCUUCCCCAAACGUUCCAGUAAUAGAUGAUAUCAAAGGACCACAAACUAACACAAGAGUUGUAAGAAAAAUUAAAUACCAAGCGAGUGGACUUAUUAGGAACUCUUUGCUGUGCGUGUCUUGAAACUUGCCGAAUUGGACGGCAGCUCGGGGUGAAAUAGAAAGGCACAGCCCCAGCAAGCAUAGGAGGCAACAUUUUUCUCUUUCUGGACAGUCAGCGACUAGCCGUCAGUGCUGCAGCUUCAAACCCAUCUUCUCUGGACCUGACCUAGUGAGUUCAGGAGUCCCAGUGAGCUGCCACCCUAGGAUGACUACCUCACAAGAAGCAGCUCUGCCAACACCACGCUCUUGUCCUCAACAAUAUGAAAAAGAUAGUUUACAGGAGCUGAGGACUAUAGGGAAGCAAGUAGCGGUACUCAUCGUCCUUAGCUAUACGUAUGGUGACGUGAUGGUGUACCGCAAGCUGACUCCGGACCCCCGUCAGGACACUUGGUACCUCAUGCGUUCUCCCCUACCCACCAUCAUCACCUGCUUCCUGUAUGUGGCCGCCGUCACCUGGUGUAUACCGCACUACAUGAGCACCAGGAAACCCGUGUCAGGACUUAGGACCAGUAUGAUGGCCUACAACGCCUUCCAAGUCGUCUUCUCCGCCUGGAUUUUCUGGGAGUCAGGUGUGGCCGGAUGGUUUGGUGAUUACUCCCUCGUGUGUCAGAGGUGCGACUUCUCUGAUAACACUGAAGCAGUCAGGAUGGUACAUGCUGGCUACUGGUAUCUCUUCUCUAAGUUUGUGGAUUUCAUAGACACUGUAUUCUUUGCUCUACACAAGAAGAAUGAACACAUCUCUUUGCUACAUGUGUGUCACCAUGCCAUCAUGCCCGUCUGUAUGUGGUACGGCAUCCGCUACUAUUCUGGUGGCCACACGACACUCGCAUUCCUUCUCAACUCUUUCGUACACACUGUGAUGUACCUGUACUACCUGCUGGCGGCCAUGGGUCCCCGCGUUCGUCCGUUCCUCUGGUGGAAGAAGUACCUCACCACACUCCAGAUGGUGCAGUUUACAGCCAUCCUCAUCCACAACUUUUUGGCGCUGUUUGUGGAGUGUCCUGUGCCGUCGUCGCUGAUAGCCUGGGUGAGUGGCGUGUCACUCCUCUUCUUCGUCCUUUUCGCUGACUUCUACAUCAAGACGUACCGGAAGCGUGGCAAACACUAGAUAACCACUGAAGCUAAGGGGAAGUAAAGACCCCCCAUUGAGGGUCUGAUGGCAUCAAUGUGUCCAACUAUACAAUAACACGUCCACUGGAGGGUGCAGCAGGCAGAAGCCGAGCAGGUCCGUGAGGUGAUCGACUCUCCAGAUGAGGAAGUCCCUUAGCACUUACCUCUGUUUUAUCGACUGAUGUAAACAUAUCUCCCGGCUAUCAUGUGCUGCCUAAUGGCUAUUGCUUAUGAUCAGGUUAGGAAAGGAAGUACAGUAGUAUAUCCUAUCUUGCGGUGUGUCGUGAAAAUACCAGAGUAUAUGUGUUGAAUGAAGGUACAGCCUCCAUGUGUAUCUAGUCAACAGUAAAAUCACUCGAGAUACAAAUUAGAAUACUCUAUUUAUACAUACCUACUUAAGUCAUAAGAAUAUGAUAAUUAUAAUAGACGUGAUUCAGUUACACUAUUAAUUCUGAAAGAGAUAUAUGAUUAUUUAGUCUAUUUUGUAUAUUAUGAUCAUAUUUAGAAGAACAUAGAGUCAAAUAUAGGUAAUACUUUAGCCAUGUUAUACUGAUACGAUUCAUCCAACCACCAACAACAAUGAAUCGGUUGUGUGUGUGUGUAUGUGAACGGCUGAUGACAUUCUUAAGCUCAUAUUAUGAUUUUCUUCUAAUUAUCCUUCUAGAUGAGUUAGAAUAUGAAUGACCUUUAGCUACCCUUUAAGGUCCGGUUGUUAUGGAUGUUUAAAAUGGGUAUUAAAUUAUCCCAACCUUUUUGUAAUGAUGUUUCUGAUAUGAUAAGAGUCGGGGGUUGACAAUUUUCAGAUAAGAUGAUAUUUUCCUAUAAUUUUUUGGUCAAAUAUCAUUCUAUAUGCGGAUACUUUUUUAUAGUUCCAGACAGAUGUAGAAUUAUUGUUGUAGGAGACAGUUGUAGUAUAGUUUGUCAAUGGUGAUUAUUCUUGUCUCCGAAUCUACUUUUAACUGUCAUCAGUCAUUAUAGACCAGUUGUAAAUUUUAGGUGCGGGUUUGUAUAUAUUAAACGCCGCACCAUUA